UGGGACCUAAAACUUGUUGAAAUAACAAAACUUGAUGACUUUUAUUCCAUCCUUAUCAAUUUUAGACUCGAGGAAGAAAAAGUCCAAGCUUUAACCAUGGCUUCUCUCUCAGCUACUACCACCGGAAUCCUCAAAUCCCCAUCGUCUUCUUCUCCGAUAAUCCUACUCAAAUCUCAUCAAUACCCACAAUUCAUAUCGGUGAAACAACGUGGUCUAACCUCUCAAAACAAGACCAUCUCAAAAACAGCAAUUGGAGCUUCGAACCCAAGCGCGCCGAUUGGUCCUUCUUCUUCUACUUCGCCAGGACUUUAUUCUGCCCAGAAAUUCGAACUCACAGCUCAAAACGUUGACUUGGUUCUCGAGGACGUACGACCUUAUCUCAUUUCUGACGGUGGCAACGUCGAUGUCGUGUCCGUCGAAGAUGGUGUCGUUUCUCUCAAACUUCAAGGGGCAUGCGAAAGUUGUCCUAGCUCUACAACAACCAUGACAAUGGGGAUUGAACGUGUACUAAAAGAAAAGUUUGGAGACACGCUUAAGGAAAUCCGCCAAGUCUAUGAUGAAGAGGUGAAAGAGACAACUGCUGAGGCGGUGAACCGGCAUCUUGACAUUUUGAGACCAGCCAUAAAGAACUUUGGUGGAAGCGUGGAAGUCUUAUCUGUUGAAAAUGGGGAUUGCUUUGUUAACUAUGUUGGCCCCGAGUCGAUUGGAUCUGGUGUCAAAGCUGCAAUUAAGGAGAAGUUCCCUGAUAUUGUAAACGUUGUGUUCAAACAGUAGACUUUUCUCUUUAUUAGAAGAUCUGAGCAAAUUACUUGUUCUACAUUGUCACCAUAAGUAAAUAUUGCAUUUAUUUUUGGAUAAAAUUUUGGGAACAUUACUCUGUUAUUUACAUACAUUUUUCCUUUGUAGAUGAUUAUGUCAAGACAUAUAAUAGCUCUUUUCACAUUAUGUAUACAUACAUUCAUGAAAAAUGAGAUCAACAGACUCAACCCUGGGUGAAUUCUCUUCCAGCUUCA